AUGGUCUUCUACUCGGGAUUUGCGCUGUGCGCAGCCAUCACAAGCGCAACAGCGCUCCAGGUUCCGCUUCUGUCGUCCAGUAAUCAAGCGCCGCUCGGACAUCCACAUGGAACGAAACCUUUGGUCAACUCUACAGAGCUUCAGGACCUUAUCAGUGGGGAUAGGUUGAUGGCGCGCGCGAAGAAGAUGUACGAGAUCGCGAAGCUUGGCGAAGAGGAGUACAAUCACCCUACCAGAGUCAUCGGGAGUGCUGGCCACCUCGGAACGCUAUCUUAUAUUUACGAAACAGUCCUUGAGCUUGGUGACUACUACACGAUCACCAACCAGUCUUUCCCAGCUGUUUCUGGCAAUGUCUUUGAGUCGCGUCUUGUCAUUGGCGACGGCGUUCCCGAGUCUGCAAGGCCUAUGGGGUUAACACCAGCUACUAAGGACAAGGAGCCGGUGCAUGGUGAUCUUGUCUUUGUCGAAAAUGAGGGUUGCCAGGAAUCUGACUACCCGGACUCGGUAGCUGGUAACAUCGCCUUCGUGAAGCGUGGUGUCUGCCCCUUUGGUACUAAGUCUGAACAUGCCGGUCGCAAAGGUGCUGUUGCUGCCAUUGUCUACAACUACGAGAAGGAUGCUGUUUCGGGUACCCUUGGCACGCCAUCACCUGAUCACAUUGCCACAUUUGGUCUAUCUGGAGAGGAGGCUGAGCCAGUUCUGAAGAAGCUCGAGAAGGGAAAGCGCGUUGAUGCGAUCGCCUAUAUCGAUGCCGAAGUGAACUCGAUUCUGACCGUCAACAUUGUCGCACAAACGACAGCUGGCGACCCGGACAACUGUGUGAUGCUCGGUGCUCACAGUGACAGUGUCACUGAAGGUCCCGGAAUCAACGAUGAUGGAUCAGGCACAAUGUCGCUGCUCGAGGUUGCUACCCAACUUACCAAGUUUAACGUUACCAACUGUGUGAGGUUUGCCUGGUGGGCAGGUGAAGAGGAAGGCCUACUGGGUUCUGACUACUACGUCGCCUCUUUGCCCGAGAAGGAGAACCAGAAGAUCCGUCUCUUCAUGGAUUACGACAUGAUGGCCAGUCCGAACUUCGCCUACCAAAUUUACAAUGCUACAAACGCGCUGAAUCCCAACGGAUCGGAAGAGUUGCGCGAUCUGUAUAUCGAGUGGUACAAGGAUCAAGGUCUAAACUACACCUUCAUCCCCUUCGAUGGCCGCAGCGACUACGAUGGCUUUAUCCGAAAUGGUAUCCCUGGUGGUGGUAUUGCCACUGGAGCCGAGGGUAUCAAGACUGAGAAGGAGGUUGAGAUGUUUGGUGGAAAAGCGGGAGAUUGGUAUGAUAACUGCUACCACCAGCUUUGUGACGAUAUCUCAAACCUCAACGAGACCGCGUGGGUUGUUAACACCAAGCUCAUCGCUCAUUCCGUCGCGACAUAUGCGCGCUCCUUCAAGGGUUUCCCGAAACGGGAGCUUGAGGCGUCGGUCAAGUCUACGGCGUACAGGGAGGACGUGAAGUAUCAUGGGAAUAAGCUUUUCAUCUAG